AGUCGGUUAGUCAGCAGCACUAGCGCUGCAUGAGCAUUUAAACCGUAAUAACUCCAGAAAAUUGGCGUUUAAUCGUCUCCUUUUCCGUUAUUUUUACUUUUAAAUAGUAUUAGUGGUCAUUUGUACUCUUAUAUCGGGCUGUUUCGGUGAAGAAGAGCGACAAAAACCGGCGAAAGUCACCAAGGAAACUUGAGAAGGGCAUCAACAGCUUCAAGAUGAUUAUGAAGGGGCAAAAACGCAAACUUCGAUCAGAAGACGCUGAGGUUUUGGACAGAAGCAGUCCCAUCUGGGAGACCCAGCGGCAGUUUGUCUUCUCGGUGUCCCUGAACAAGUACCAGCGUAGCCAGGAGCUUCCUGAGCCCAGCCUGCGGCGGUCUGUGCUGAUAGCCAACACUCUGCGGCAGAUCAGCCUGGAAGCUUGCAGGGAGUCCUCCAUCGAGAUGGAGGUGUCGCCCCCUUCUGGUGGCUCCCCGUCGUCGUACCAGGAGGCCGACGAGCUGGACAGUAUUUCAGCUGAAGCCCAUGAAGCAACACAACACAUACCAGUUAUGGUGGAUAGAAGUUACACGGCUCUUCCCAGCUGCUCCACGGUUUAUUUAAACUGCUUGUCAGAUUGUGCUGCAAGCUGCCAUUUCAGUGACUCGAAUGUCGAAUGCCCCUCAUCUGCGCAGGAUGAAGAUGAGGACUGGGGGUCGAUGUCCACGGAGUCUGACUUCUCCCUUUCAGCUGCCAUUUCCUCCAUUCUGACCGCACUGGACUCCACCAUGGAUGGAAGCUCUCAGGCAGCUCCACGGACACCUCUCAGGUCCCUGGAGAACCUAACCGGGGCCCCUGAGGGAGGUGUAGCUUGGAUGAAACAAGGAGCCAGAGACUGUGGCGUCAGCUGGGAGCAGCCGGGGGAGGGAAAGGUACGAGAGGGCAGAAUGGAGGCCAUGAGAUCCAGCUAUCUGGGUGACGUCACGGUGGAGGAUCUGUUUCAGGAUGUAGACACGUCCCUGUUGGAGAAAGACAUGGGGGUGCUGGCUCUCGGGGCCAAUGGAGCGGGGCAUCUAGCCGGGGAUGAUCUGCUCCGGUGCCUGCCACCCUUCUCCCCCUCCUCUUUGCACCCUUUUUCCCUUUCUCUCAGCCCAAGCCUGAGGUAUCUGCCUUCAUUCUCCUCGUUUAGUCCUCUAUAUCCCUCUUCGCCCCCCUCUGCCCCCUCACACCCCUCAGGUCAGAACCAAGCCAGAGAAGGAUUUGAGCUGGAUCAUCUGAUGGAGAUCCUGGUGGAGUCCUGAUGACUUCAUCAAAGUAAUCCACAUUUACCGUGAAAUGACAAUUCAGAGUCAAUGGAAACAAAACUGAAUUAUUAAAAGCUGUGAGCUUUGUAUUUUUUACGUAUUGCUCAAGAAACAGGGAUUUUUAUUGCAUUUAGAAAGUUGUAAGAAUGCUCUUGAUAAGUAGAAAAGGUUGAUGUCCAAGACAGGAAAUGUGCCACAAGAGGCCAAUCGGUUUUGGUGUACUUGGCAGCUUUUGGACAAACAUCGCUGGAGCUGGAAGGAGACAGUCUGAGACACUAAUUCAGGUCAAACGUUAAGAAAGCUUAAUCUCCAUGUUUGAUAACAAGUGAACAGGUCAGAAUGAGAAGGUGUGCACAAGAUGGUCAAGAAUGUUUUCAUGUCUGGUUGUUUGGCUAGAAGGAAAUUUCCAGGAAAAACAAGUAGUUUUGUUACGAAAAAUUCCAAGUGUUUAUAUUACAUGGAUGUUGUUUUAACUCUGUGAAUAUCUUUUUGUAUUUCUCAGUUAAUCGCUGCCAAACUAUUUUAUCUUGAGGCUAAAACGAAUGAAAGUUUAGCUCUAAACCUUCCUCGGUAGCCGAGAAGAUCCCCAGUUCUGUUUUUAACAGAAUCUUAUUCAGAGAGCUGUAACAGCAAGUGCUUUUAUUUUUACAUUUUAUAUAUCUAUAUAUAUAUUAAGAAAAGAAAGCAACAUUCCUGUGCAUUAGCUUGAAAAACAGCGCAGGACAACUGCAGGUGUCACACCUGAUAAAACCAACCCAUAGUCCAAGAAAAUCUAAUAGUUUUAAGUGGUUGGUGUUUAAAUGUUGUUUUUUAAGCCACACUGGCUGACAAAAGUUCCAAUGGUGCUAACUUCCUCCCUGUUAACGGGUCAUGUUUCAUUAUGUUGGUGUCUACUUGUUUAAGAAGUUGGUGUUUCUCUUUUCUUCAUUUUUUAAAUGGUUGAAUUGCACUUUUGUCAAAUAUGCAUUUAUGAGUCUCGGUCAUGUGAGGAUACUGUUGCUAUUUAUAAAGCGGUAAUAUUACAAAAGAGAAAUGCAUCAAUGCUUCCUUAAAUGUUUUUUUUUGUUUUUAUAUAUAAAUGUUUCUGCAUCCUUCGUAUUUAACUAAUUUUGCCUGAUGUUGAACAUUUCCACCAAUGUUGUUGACAUUUAUAACGGGAACAAAGCACAUAUGUAUUAUGUGAAGAAGCACAAGUCAUUUCCUGUUUCUGGAUUCAAGUUGCUUUCCUAGCUGCUAGGUGACCGACUUGAACUAUUUAUAUGUGACAUAUGUUAACAAGAUUAAUUUAAUGGCAUACUUUUUUUUUUCUGGGACAAAUCACUGAUGGUAAGUUAAUAUAGCAGUCAUUUCCCUGUUUUUGUUACAAAUAUUUUAAUAGUGAUAUUUUAAAUGGAAAGGCAAAUGCCUUCAUACUGUGUAUUGUUUUUAUUUUUUAUCUUGUAUGGAUACUUAAUAAA